ACAGUACGUUUAAGGAGCAGUGUAUUCCCGGGCCGUCCCCAAGGCUAUUCCUUGGGUCGAUUCCAUCCAUAUACCGGAAGGACCUGCAUAUUGUAGACAUGGAAUGCUACAAUACUUUUGGCAAUAUCUGGGGGUUGUACCUGGGCCGUCAAGCGUACCUACUGCUCACUGAUACUGAGAUAAUCCACAAGGUGUUUGUUGAAGAUCAUGGCAAAAUCUUUGCCAGCGCUAAAACUCACCGCUCAAAAUGUCCAUUUAGUGAGAGUUUUUUUCAGCCGGAUAAUGAUGACUGGAGGAGAAUUCACCAAAUCCUGGCACCAGCCUUCGGUCCUACCCAGUUGAGGCAGAUGCUUCCGCCCAUGGCCACAAACGCUGAUGAUCUUGUGCAACACUUUGGAAAAAGAGAAGGAAAGCCUGUCAUUGUGAGGGAAUUAUUUGCCCAGUACGCUCGGAACGUCCUGGCGAUGUCACUCUUCGAUUUGGAUAUUCGCCGGGAUGACAGAAGCCAUAACUUUCUCUAUUACUGGGAUCUCCUACUGCAGGCUCACUGCAGACACUCCGCCAUCUCUGUGACACUGAUGUUUCCGGUCUUAAUGCCUCUCCUUCGGAUGAUUAAGUUCCAUUUAUUUUGGAAGGAAGCCAUUGGUUACUUCACAGGCUUGGUCUGUAAGGCCCGAGUGAGGAGGAAAGAUUUCAAGGAGCCACAAAAAUGCGGUAGUUUUCUUCAGUACCUUUUAGAUCAUGAGGAAACCAAAAUGGAGAAGGGAAAGAAAUCGCUGCCGACCUCCGCGACGUUGACUGAAGAUGAAGUUGUGGCCCAGGCCUUAGGCUUUCUCCUCCGUGCUUACCAGACGGCAACCCACACAUUGGAAUUUGUUGCGUAUUUAUUGGCCAGGCACCCCAGCGUCCAACACCAGCUUCAGCAGGAGGUCCACACGGCCGUCAAACAACAGGGUUUCACCUACGAAAACAUCGCAGGAAUGGAAUACCUCGACAUGGUCAUCAUGGAAACAUUGCGGUUGUUCCCUCCUGUGGUUUGGCUGCAAAGGACCUGUCGAAAACUGGUGGAGGUGUGCGAUCUGAAAAUUUCCAGAGGAAUCCAGGUCACGGUCCCGGUCUGGGUGAUGCAUCACAGCAGGGAAUUUUGGGACCAUCCAUGCAGAUUUGACCCAUUGAGGUUCACAAGAGAAGAGCGAGAUCUUCGUGACCCUGUGUGCUACCUGCCUUUUGGCCUCGGCGCAUUCAGCUGCAUCGGGAGUGAGUUUAGCGUUAUGAUGGUGAAAGUGGCUUUGGCCUCAAUUCUCGCGCGUUAUCGAUUUACCUGGUGUUCACAGACCCCGAUGUACCUUGAUAUUGAGACACUGGGUGUGACCAGGUCCAAAAUACCCAUCACCCUGCAGAUAGAGCUGUUGUAGUCCAGAGGAAAAGGAACAUGUUGAGAUAAUUGUCAGCAUUAAUGGAGAUCUUGAGGACCUUUCAGAGAAAUUAGAUUCAUCACCACUAAAUGAACUUGUCCAGUGAUGUGAGAUAACAGUGAUUAUAUAUCGGACAGUUUAUAAGACUGACUGAGGAGAGUUAGGCAGGAAGACACGUAAGCCUUUCCCAAGUGCAUGCUUCACUUAAGUGUAUAGUCCUUGUUCUCCCUGCGUGUACCUGUUGGAUAUUUCUGAGUAAAAUUUUCUAUAUCAUACUCACUCAAACCAAUAAA